GCCUCUGGUGGUAGCAGCAAGGUCCCUGUGGAGAAAAGAGGAUGUUGCAGUUGACUUUGGAGGUCAGAGCCUCUUCCCCUACUCCAACCAGCCCAGGCAGGCAGGUGCAAGGUAACAGUUCCUCAGCAGCCCCGCCUCCUGCUCUAGCUCAGCUCAACCAGUGCGUGAAGGGAGGAAGUACCACUCUUCCUAUCCAGGCCCCAGGCAAGGGCAGGCACUCCCUGGCUCCUGCUGUGCCUCAAACAGUUCCAGCAACUCCGGCCAUGGACAGGUGGUACCUGGGUGGCAGUGCCAAGGGGUCAGAGAAUCCAUUCGAGUAUGAUUACGAGACCGUCCGCAAAGGGGGCCUGAUCUUCGCGGGCCUGGCCUUCAUCGUGGGUCUCCUCAUCCUCCUCAGCAAAAGAUUCCGCUGUGGGGGCAGUAAGAAGCAUAGGUGAGUGCUGGGG